CUCUCUUCCUGGCUAACGGUCUACCCUGAAAUUAUUGAAUCGAUUGUAUGUAGCUAUACUACAAAAUGUAGCAUAUCUUUAGUUGUGGGGUUGGAUGUAAGUAUUAACAAUAAUAAAUAAAAUUGUUUUCGUUUUUUGAAGCAAGUGGCCAAAAUAUAUUUUGUAAUCGAAAGACUAUUUAAUUUUCUAGUGGUUUUGUUAUGUGAAAGAGCCCACCGACAGCGCCCUCCCUUCGGGGAAAAAUCGAGGUCAACAUGCACAGAAGUGUAGAAGAGUAAAGAAUGGAUAGUGUAGUAGUUGUACUGUUUUGUAGUCACCUCCCGAUUUUGCAAGAUUUAAACGCCAUGUUGCUAAAAGCGUUCUGGAAGAUGUUGUAAAUUACAGGCCUAAUCAUUGAUUAUUGAUGAUUGAUUGAAGCCAUCAAAUCUCAGAUUGUAGUGAAAAUUCACAACAAAAAAGUAACCAUGUCCACUCUCUCUAAUUUAACUUUAGUCUCUUUUUAAUAAAGACUUUCUUUCGUCUUUCUACUUGCCACCUGCAUUUCUGUCUUGUGGAUAUGUGGAUGGAGCUUUAUUUUUUUUGUUUACACAUGUAAUAUUUUUGCUCCAUUGAUCGUUUGCUCAUUUUAAGUGGUCAUCUGAAAGUUGGUGUUAAUCAUCUGUUAAAUUUCACUAUUGGUUGGGCUAUACUAUUCAAUUCUAUUUGCAAAUGAGUUGUGUCAACAUUGGCAAAUUGCUUCUACUUUGUUCCCUGAAGGGUGGGUAGGCAUGCUUUUAAGAAGGAUUUGAAUAUAAUUAAAACAAAUUACAUAUUUAUUUUGUCGAUAAUAUAAAGAUUAAAAUUUGAAUACUAAAAAGUAGCCAAUAAAAAAUAUUUAAAAAACUUUCUCAGUCUAUCAAAGAUGAGUACCUCUUGUUAAAAAGGGAUUUGGGGGUCUCCGCCGGAAACUUUUUAUUGAAAUAUGUUUAUUUUAACUAUUUUGAUACCUAGAAAUCUUUUAAAUUUACCUUCAACUUCAGUUCAUUACACGUAGCGGUUAGCGGAAUCAGAAUUGGUUUCUUUGCAGUUACGUCUUAUGGUAUUCUUAUAGUAUUCAUCAUCAUCAUGUCCCUUAAUCCUUGGACCGUUGGGGCGCCACAGAUGACAUGUGAACUAUCCUCCAUUCGUCUCUGUCCUCUGCACUAUGCACAGCAUCGCCUAGUUUUAGUCUCGUCCAUUCUUUACUCUUUGAUGUUAUCUUCCCAUCUUUUUCUUUGUCUUCCUCUUCUUCGCCCUCCUCUCGUUGUGCCCUGCAUGAUUUCUUUGGCGAGCCCUUGUUUCCUUGUCAUGUGGCCAUACCAUUGUAGUUUGCGCUUUUUGCAAUCACCAGGAGGUCAUCGUACUGCCCAGUUGCCUGACGAAUCCUUUCUUUCACUUGAUCAUUUCAAAAAUUAAUAAAAAUAAAACAUUUAUGUUUUCAUCUACAUUAAAUUCAAAUUAUUUUGGUUACAUUGAGUGCUCAUCAACACUUCUGCACAGUAUUACUUUGCGUGUUGGAUUUUAAGAAACUGUAAAUUAAUUUCUACUUCUAAGUGCAUUUAAACUCAUCUUUCAUAGAAAUUAUUUUUUAAAAAUUCUUUCAAAUAUUAAAGACUUCCUCUCUACAGGCAUUCCAACUUGUUUGAUGUUUGUAGUAAUUUUUAGUUGACACAUCUGAUUGAGCGAGCGCUCAGGGUUCAUAAUCUGUCUUUAAGGUCUCAUCUGAAUUGUGUCAACAUCAUGUCUGUAGGAUUUUGAGGAUUUAAAAAACUCUAUUGUGGACAUUUUAAAUAAAAUAAAUCUUCUUUUGUAGAUAUAAUACUAAAAAAGAGGCGGAGCUUUAUGCAAAAGGGAUGACACAUUAAAAGGAGAACAUGGUUGACAAAAAUUGCACUUUAUAACUCUAAAUUAGACGUUUUUAACAUUAUUCUUAAGGAAAUAAAGUUAAAAAAAGGAUGGGAAAACCUGAAAGAAGGAUACACAACAAAACAACGAACAUGUCGACAGGAAGCCUUUAUCAGCGAACAAACAACAUGAAAAACAGAAUUAAAUAAAAACAGCACUUAACUAAAAAGUUGUAUCCGAGAUGGCAGAAAAAUAAUUGUGACAUAAAAUAAGUAGGUGAGAGAUUAAAUACAGGCAAAAAGAGAAAGAAAAGAGAAGUAAGUCCAUUGGGAUUGGUGUGAUGCGGAGGGGCAGAGCCAAGGAUUCACAGGUGAAUGAAAACAUGACAUGUCAAGGUGCUAUAAGUCGGGAUCAGCUUGUUUUCCAAAUUUCACCUGGCUAGGUGUGUUUGUGUUGGUCACGAUCCCACUAAUUGUAAAAUCCGCCAUCCCCUUGUGGUCGAUUCUAUUGAAAUUUUUAGAGAGGGGACACUGUUUAUCUUGCAUAAUUAUUAUGGAGGUGUUCAGUACAUCUUUCAGAGAAUUUGUGUCCUGUCUCCCCUAUGUACGACAUCUGGCAACGGGUGCAAACAAUGGUGUUAACAACGUUGAGGCUAGUUCAAAGGAAACUGUCCAUUAUCUGUUGAGUCUGGAUGACAAAAGGACAAAUAUUGCAACGGCUUGGUCCCAAAGUGGGAGGGGGCGUUGAUGCGAUUUUUCACAAGGAGGUCUCGCAAAUUUUUAUGAUGUCUGAAAACAAUGAGAGGUGGGGAAGAGAAAAUGGCUUGUGUCCCCGGAUCUGCAAGGCGAACGGCACAGUUUUUAAGGAAAACACAUUUGGGUAUUAUUUGUGAGAAUGAUAUGUGAGAAUAAGUUUGGUCCUGUCAACAUUGUCACUCAGACACCAUCACUGGUAAUACUUGUAACCCUUUGAGGGGCUGAUGAAAGUACUGUCUCUGCGUAGGACCAACAUUGGAAAUAGUCAAUCAUCACAAGUGCUUUGUCCCAAAGGUCAUCAGUGGUGACCCCAAUACCACCAUCAAUGUACCUUUUGUAGAAUUCAGGGAGGCAUACAGUGCAGUUGCUUUCGACCAUGUGUUUGAAAUGUCCCAUGAACAAACAUGCGUAGCUGGGUCCCAUUUUAUUCCCAUAGCAACACCACUGAUUUGUUCGAAGCAUUGGCUCCAAACUCGAACAAAUUGAGGGUGAGAACCAGUUCAGCAAAUCGGAGGAGGGUGUUGGUGGGUAGAGCGAAGAGGCCAUCAGUGUGGGGGAUAGAAGUACUCAUUGUGGCCUCAGUGCUUGCUUAUUUUAAAGACACCCACAAUGCUUUAAAAACUUUUGAAUCAAUCAUCUUCCCUCCUGGAAAAAAAACAUCAUUCUGCUUGAUUAUGUUCUCUAUAUACAUAUGUCCCGUGUGUUGUUUUGUUACAUUCAUUUUUUCAGGUUUUCCCAUACUUUGUUUCACAAAUUACUUUUUUUACUAACUUGAUUACAACUAAACUAUAGAAUUAGGGCUAACAUGUACAGUGGGAUAGAAUUAAACAUGGUUAACGGGUGGAGGGGGAUGAUCUAAGUAAAUGUUCAAGGUCAGGGAUUCUUAACCUUUUUGCAGGACUGUAAGUGUAACCCCCUCAAUUUCAAAAAAAUUAUAGUAAAAUUAGCAUUUGCCGCUGUUUAAGAACCAUUGUUCUUGGGAAUUUUUUCUCUGACACAGGCACAGUUAUUUGAUAUGAAUGGGAGUUAAUUUUUUAAGGGUUUGUAAAGGAGAUAAGUAGACAAGGUGUUUUUUUUUUUUGGUGGGGGGGGGGGUGGUUUAGGGGGGUGUGAUGUUAUAUUUGAGUGGGGGGGAACAUUUUGUGACGAUAAGGGAUUAAGGGUUUGUAAAGGAGAUAAGUAGACAAGGUGUUUUUUUUUUUGGUGGGGGGGGGGGGUUGUUUAGUGGGGUGUGAUGUUAUAUUUGAGUGGGGGGUAACAUUUUGUGACGAUAAGGGCCAAAAAUCAGCAAAAUUGGCAUGAUUUCAUUUAUUGAUGGCCUCUAAUUUAGCCACUGAUAAGCUUGUUUAUUGCUUCUAGUUAGCCUAUUUCAGUCUCCUUUACUAGCUACUUUAAACAUCUGAGAUGGGAUAAGUGGGAUGGCUGACUAUGUCUUACACGACCACAGUAUCUUAUAGUAUAUAUGUCACAGAUAUUCUCCAGGCUUAUUUUCUGCUAUUGUUCAAAAGAUUUGAAUUUUGACCCCUGUAUAAAUCUGAGUAAUCUAAUUUGUUACAAGUUUCUUUUGUCCCACAACACUUAUUUUCCAUAUUUUUCUUAAAGUGGUGGGGAGCAGUCUCCUUUACACCUUAAGUGUCAAACUUAUUGUUUAAACUCCACUCAUUGGCCUACAACUAGUAUUUUUUAGUUGCCAACUACAUUUAAGGUAACAUUUAAAUAGAAUAGCUACACUGGGUACAGAUACUCAAAACCUUUUUUGGGUCUCUACAUAGAUUACCUACACCAAUACAGUACUUUACAAAAAUAAAUCCCUUUAGAGGCCAACUUUAGGUGAAGUCACUCUAUUGAGACUGUUGUGGACAUUUUAUAUAACACCCCCCCCCACCCCACCAUUGUCACAAAUUAUUAACAAGAAUUAGACAUUUAUCAAUUAUUAUCACAAAUUUUGGGACCCCACCUUCCCCUCCCCCUUGAUGCAUAACACCAUUUAUGAGAAUCACUUAAAGUGCACUACAUGAAAAAUGAAUACCCAAAGUGAUAAACAUGAGGCUGAUUAUCUUUUUUAGAAGCCAAUGUUAAUUAGAUAUCUUUUUUUUUCAUAGCAUAAAUCUUUCACUCUUUUAUAAUGUGUACUGAUCUUUGUGCUUAGUGACCAUGAGCUUUAUUCUUCAUGAUAUUGGCUGAUGAAUCGCUAACACCAAAGAUUACCGUGUAAAUUUAUAAAAGAUCAGCAUUUUAUAUUUGAACAUUUUAACUAUGCUUUUUAAAUGUUUAUAUUUACAGCGCACAGAUCCAGAAUGUUUCCUGAAUUGGGAAAAUAGAAGAGAGUGUGAUAAGGUGUAGUUAACAGGAUGUGGAGUAAAAAAAGCAGAACCCUCAUUUUGGGUUCCUUUACAUCAUAAUAAAAUGCACUGUUCUUCAAUAGCUCUUCACUUUAAAGAUUAAUUCUACUAGCCAAUGAUUCCUGAUUGGCCAUGUUUCGAAAUGUUUUUAGUGGAUGUGUUUCUGACCGUAGCUCACAGGCUGAGGUACUUCGUUCUCAAAAGUAAGUAAAGUUUGCUACAUGUGAAAAUGAGUAAUGCCUACGUUUAGUUAAAUGAUAAAUUGAAUAAAAAGUGGGAAGGAAAAUAAUUAUAAAUAUGUACCAUAUUUAUAUGCGUAUAACACUCACUUUUUCUCCCUGUAAAUAGGGGGCCAAUGAUGUGUGCGUGUUAUACGCCAAUAUAAUGUUUAGUUUUUUUCCUGAAAUUUCCUUCUUAAAUUGAGGUGCGUGUUAUAUGUCCAUAAAUACAGUAAUUCUUUUUUAAAAAUUUAAAAUGCAUUGUUACUUUUUGUAGAGGGUGUACGACUUAGUCAUAUUUAUAGGGUUGUAGAAUAUAGCAAAAGUUGGGAAAUCCUGAAUUAAAUAAAGCAAAAUAGAUCUAUCUUUAAAUAAAAUAUUAUAAAUAUUUAUUUUAACAUAAUUGUGGCUUUACAUUUGCUUGUUUUUUUUCUAUAUUCAUGUUAAGUUACCUGUUGAUAUCUUCAAACCACAUAGCUGCAUACUGACAUUUUAAGACUAACCAAAUACAAGUUACCUUUUUAGUUACUACGAUACUUUUACAUGUGCAUUUUGUGAAAAAGAAAAUUUUAGUAGAUGUUAAAUAAUUUGAAGUUUUUAUGUGUAUUAGGACCUCAAGUUUUUUUGUGUUUUUUUAAAUUUAAGCAAUCAGCUUGAAAAGUCUAAUUUUAUUCUAGUUACAUCUCCUGCAAUUCCAUGUUUUGACCACACAAAAAGAAAAUUUAAAAAAAAAACAUAAAUUGGAUCAGGUAAAUUGAAGAUCCUUCAAAUUUUGAUAGAUUAAAAUGUUGAAGUCAAAUCUGGGUACCGGUACAUUUUUACUAGGGUUGCAUUGAUAUGGAUUAGGCAGCUUACCAAUUAAUAUGCCUCGCCAAAUCAGCCACCAAUUAUUUAUUAUAGAAUUAUAUACCUUGCUUUGAAAAUGAGUAAUCAUAAUCUGAAAAUGGCAUAGAACCUCAUUUAGUCCAGGGGAAACUUCUUGUUGUAAUUUCUCCUAAUGGCAAUCCCACAAAGAAAGUGAAUUUAUAUCUUUAUAAUUACGACCCUGUUUAAGUAGCUUAAUACACUUCUUUAGAUUUUAUCUUUAAAAAAAAAUAUGUUUAUUUUUAUUAAAAAAUCUAGAUUAUUUGAAUGCUGUUUUUAAGUCAUGCAUAAGUAAUUUUAAGGUUAAAUAAAAGCUUGUAAAACUAAAAAGAAUCAUAAUAAUUGUUUUAGUAUGUAUAGUAAUUCAAUAUUUGACAGAAAUAUAACUCUUAUUUAUUUAGAUAAUAGACAUUUUUAUCAAUCUCAAACCAAUUUGUGGAGCUAAAAAUUUGUGUGUUUCAAAUAAAAUAAAGCAAAUGUCCUAACAGAGAGAUACAGUUUGCCCUUAUUGAAUUUGAUCGCAGCCUACUUUGCAGUUGAAUCCAAGAAUCUCAUUUAAUACAAAUGCUUUCCUAAGUGAAAUAGAACCUAGUAAUCGGUACAGACUUAAGAUAGAUUAAAGGCUUAUAGAAUCUUUAUUUAUCUUUUUAGGCUCAAAUUUGGAGCUUCGCUGUCCUCUGCCCUUAAGCAUGGCUAUUUACCAGGACCUCUUGUGGUAAUUUAAAUAUAUUUACUAAAUGACAAAAUUUUCUGUGAUCAAAUUAAAAAUGCUAAUAUCUUGUAUUUAAUUGGUUAUUAUUGUCUGGCACCGAACCAAUUAAUAAAGUAUAUUAAGUUAUAUACUCAAAUUAAUAAUUUGUAUUUCUCUUACUAAAUAAGACACAUACUGCCCUCUAUCCAUAGGAUAUUUUGGUUCACAUUGCUAAAGAAGGGGUCACUACUGCAGAUGUUUUCCGCCGCCCAGGUAACCCAAAUGACACAAGAAGGAUUGUCAAACGAUUAACAGAAGGAAAGCAAGUUAUAUAUGCCAACUAUAGUUUUUAUACACUGGCCUCUGUAGUGAAGGUAAGUAUUUAAUAAAUAUAAUCAAAGCUUAAGUUGGUGAUUGGCUAAUGGCAAUAAAUUCCCCUACAAUAUUUUAAGAUAUUCUGAUCUAUUCUGUCUUUAUAUUUUCAAUUUAAUAGUGAAAUAUAUAUAUUUAAAAAAAAAAUGUUUUUCAAAAUAUGUUAACAGACUCUUUUUUAUUAUUACAUUGUGAUAGUUCUGUUUGUAACUAAAGGUAUACUUUGCUUGCCUAGAAAUUUCUCUUAAAAACUCCGGGCGGUGUCUUCACACCUGAAGGGGAGGAAGAGCUACUACGUGUGCUUACUCUUGCACAGAAAAUGGAUCAAAUAGAGGCAGUUCACAAGUAGGAUGUGUAUAUGAUAAGGACUACACUUAGAGUUCUAAGUUUAUUGUUGGUGGAAUCAUGAUGGGAUUUUUAAGUGCUUGUUUAAAAUAAUACCAUAUUAAUAUUUGCACAUUUUUUUAAGCUUAAAUAAUACAUAUUUUAAAAAAUCUUAAAAUGAAUCAAAACUAAGCCUGCAGUUUUUUUUCCAGUCAAAAUCUUUUGUCACAUUUGAAGACCUAAUUUUUAAAAUCUGUUUCUUUUUCUCCUCAGCUUUAUUGUUAAGCUAUCUCCAGCUCAUCAACAGCUUGUGGCCUUGCUGUUUGGUACCUGGUUUAGAAUUGUAACCUUUCAAGAGAAGAAUUGUAUGUCAGUUGAGGCAUUAUCUCGGAGUGUCGCUGGCAGCAUGUUUCAUACCUGUGCAGAAGAUCCAGCCAAGGUUUUUUUAUUUAUUAUAAGAAUUGUUUCUUGUUGUGAAUGUAACAGUAAUAUCAUUUUAGAGUUCUUAGUUAAGUAAAUUUUAACUAUCUUGUGACUAAAAUAAAUUGUGCUAUAAGUCGAACUAAUCUUGUUCAUUCUUGAAAUUUACUUUUUUAAUUAAUAUAAUAUAUUAUAAUAUAUAAUAAAUUAUGCUUCAAUUUAAGAAGUCAUACAAUCCUAAUUUCUGUGAAAGCAGUGAAACAAAUUCUUAAUACAUAGAGUAGCAUUAAACUCAAUUUGCAGUGAAACAAAUUCUUAAUACAUAGAGUAGCAUUAAACUCAUUUUGCUUCCUAACAUUAUGUUUCAUUUGUAAAUCUUUGCAUAUAUUAACUCAUACACAAACAAAUAAUUUGUUUUAAGGUUGAGAAAGCAAGUCGCAUCAUGCAAUUUUUGAUAGACAAUUUUGGGGUGGAACGAAUGUUUGGCCAAGAAAACAUCAGGUUCUUUGCAGAGACAACACAUACAGGCAUACAUAUACGUGAGCUUUUUCGCUACAGUUAUCGAUCUGAUUCACAACUCAUUCCACGUAAGUGUUAAUGUUUGUUGAACUAUUCAUUGUUUUACAUACUUAAAGAUCUUGCAUUUAUUUUACAUGCAGUAGUUCUCAUCAUUUUCACUUCACCUCUUCAUCAUUUUAAAAUGUAUCAUUUAGGUUUUUUUACCUACAUUUAACCAGAAAGCUUUUAAAUUUGAAUUAUCAAUGUUCUUAUAAUAGUGUAGAUUUUCAUAAGAAUGGAAAUGAAACGCUGCUUCAAUGUUCUUUGUUUGCUUUGUCGGGGCAUUAUACAAAAUCUGGUUUGAUAACCAUGAAAAUAUCUUUUUGACAAUGACUAAAUCAACUGUUAACUCUCCAUGGAAUUGAUGUUGUCUUACUAGUUGCUAUUUUGUCUGGAUUUUUUUUGCUUGUUUCAACUUCCUGUGCCUCAGUGUUUUACCCUUUUGUGUGCUCUCCUGAUCCUCCGUCACCAUGUUGGCUUGGGCUGUACAACAACAUAUGUUCCCUGCAGGCAAGCAGGCAGCCCGUGUAUUUGUUGCAAUCAUUGGUAAAGAAGCCUCCAAGUACGGUUUUGACUUAGUUCACAAUGGUAAGGGGUGAUCUCUUUUCAUAUUGUAUGUACUAGGGCUUUUUAUGCCUUGGUUAGAUUGCUGCAUAAUCUAUGAUUAUAGAUUUGUAAUAAGCUCCUGCUCAUUAUUAUAAUAGACAAAAGCUUUUUUUAUUUUAAAUUUGUAUCAGGGUAAAAGUAAAAUCAUACAGAUUUUAUCCCUUUUAAUGAUUUUUUUAGCCUCUCAAAAUAAAUCCUUUCACGUUUACCCUGAUAUAAAUUUAUUAUGGGAUACGUUCUGGAAAAAAAAAAGAAAUUUAUUUUCGGACUGAAAAGAGCACAAUGGGUUGGUGAACAUCAUUUCGGGUUUCAUAUCAUUAUUGGUUGUCAUGGUUUGGCUAAAGUAAGCAUGGAUCGGAUGACGUAACCCUGAAUUGAGAGGAAAGAAAUUAUUCAGAGUAAUCGUAUACAUUUUUAUUUUAAAACUAUAUUAUUGGGUCUGUUUUAAUUAACUCUUCUUAACUUACUGGAAUCGAGAUUAGAAACAACGAACACGAUUUGGAACCAACUCAACUUGGUAAAAUUGGCGGCAGCCACGUGCAAACUACUCUUUUUUUACAAAAAUUUAAACAUAGCCCAUAGGGCUGGCUUUUGAGAGGCUGCAAAAAUUAUUUAAAGGGAUGAUAUACAUGAGCUUUACUGUUAUGAAAAGACAACUUAAGAUUUUAGCAGAUUUAUGUACACUUUGAUGUCCUAUAUAGAAACAUAAUUCCUUGCUACUAUUAUCUUUUCUGUUUAGCAUAGCAAAGCUUCUUCAUUUUAUGAAUGUUAAAAUAUUUCUUAUUUACCUUUCUGUUGAUGUACUUUUUGGUUGCAAUCAUAAGUUUAGUUAUUCAUUUUUAUAUAAUGUAUAUAAUGGAUUAUCCAUAACUGAUGAUACUGAUCAAAAUUUAUGUUUAACAUGCGCAGUUCUAUAUUUUAAAACACACAUCAUUUAAAAAAAUACUUAUUUCAAUUUUAAUUGAACUUGUGCCUGUUUGCUUGUAUGUGUAUGAUUUAUAAAAUUAUGCAUAUUUUUAUGGGGAAAUGUCUGUAAAUAGUAACUUAAGUUACUUUUUUCAUAAAUAUCGACAAAUUUUUACAAUGUUAAAUAGUAAAUCUGUGGGAAAUAACUCUAAAAAGUCAGAUUUGAAAAUAUAUCCCUCUCCUUCCCUUUCUCUCUAUUUUUUUAAACAUAGCAGUAAAGUAUGAACAUCAAAGAUAGUUAUGAACGUAGCAAAGAACUAAUUGUUGAAAGAGUAGGUAUAAAUGGUCUUUUUUCAAUAAUGAGACAGGUGCUAUUGGCGGCCCAUGUAGAGAACUAAUAAAUACUAGUGCAAAGAGAUAAUUUUUUUGUCAGAAGUUAGAUUAACCAAAUGUAUCAAUACCUAACUAAUAUGUGGCUGACAACUAAAAUAAUGAAGCUGUUUGAAAUUAAUGUUAUAACUAGUAGCUCAACUAAUAGGUUGCCAGGGAAACUGGAAAUUGAAAUAUCAAAAGUCUUGGACAUUUGUCUGCAACUAUUUGAUAUUUUCAAUAAUUCUCAUUCUCCCAGUGUAAUUAGUUUAAUAAAGAUAAAACAUUUAUUUCACUAAAGCAUUAGUCCAUUUCAUAUAAUUGGUUAACCAGACCUGUUUACUCUUACAAAUUUGGCGUGCAGUGUACGAUUAUGAGGUGUGUACAAUAUAUAUACUGUAUGUUUAUUUUUUUACUAUUAAGAUAAUGCAUUGAACGAUUCUGUGAUGAUAUUAUACAAUUUUAAGAGUUUUAGGGUAAACAGGUCUGGUUAACUUUUGUGGUCAGACGUUUUUUAGAUCUUGAUUAGUAUUAAUAAUUAAAUUUAUGUACUUUUGGUUAAAUGAGUAACAGUUAAUUCACUUGAAAGUAAUAUUAAGGAAUUUUUCUUGACAGCUUAAUUAAAACAUAUUGCUCUCAAAACUAGUAACUCUCCUAAACAUGCCCUGCCCUCUCUUAUACAUGCCCUGCCCUCUCUUAUAGACUUUAUAUCAAUGCUUCUGGCUAUUUUCUUCAUGUACAUUAUCUAUAGUAUCUAUACUCAUUGUGAUUUUAGUAUCAUUUGAGGUAUGCUAGUUAUUUAUGGUCCUUUUUACUCGCUCUAAAGCAUUAAUAUUUUAAUAGUUUGAAAUGUCUACAAUAAACUUAUUUUUAAUUCAAUUCAAAGUUAUUACUUAAAAUAUGUUUUGACAAUAACUGUAAAAUGAAAAUCCAAUAAAAGCAACACAAGUUAACUGGCAAUCCUAUUUGCUGCCUGCUUCCUUGCAAUGACAAUUUUAACAUUUAUUAAUUGCAGCAGUUUAGACAAUUUAUAUUAUAACUAAUUUUUACAGGGUUUACUUGCUAGUUGCUUAUGCCUUUAUAUUUGCUGUGACAUACCCACCUGCUUGCCUGUAAUUUCAGUUAAGUUAUAAAGAUAUCUAGUUCUGUAUCAUUUCACACCUCUUAGAUUUACAACUACGCUAUGGGGUUGUAAAUUUGCUAUGAAUUAAGUAAAUUCUUUUAUAUUAUUUUUAAGCCCUUCAGACUUAAAUGCUCAUUUUAAUUAGUUUAAUUCAUUGAACUAAUGAGAAAACAAUUUUUCAAAUAUUCGUGUGGUCGUUCCAUUAUAUUUUGAAUUCAAUUUAGGUUAUCUUCUGUUAUAAAUUGGUUUCCUAGAAAUGAGCAAAUUAUCUAAUGUGAGAAUUUUUCACACUAAAUUUUAAUUUUAAAAAGGUCUGUUUUGUUUUUACUAAUUACAAACAUAUCAAAAGAUUAUUUUUGACCCAAAAAAUUUCAUUUUGUUUAAUUUUGUAUUUAAUAAUACAGCUACAUUAUCUAUUAUUUUGUAUGCUUAACACAUUAACUCAUUAAUCUGUAUUUGUUGGAGUUUGUUAAUUAAAUUUGAAUUCAUAUGUACCUUGACCCUAAAUAUAACAGUACGAUGCACAUGUAAACUUAUGUUAAUAUUGGGCAUCUUACAUUUGGCAUACGAGAUGAGUCCAUUUUAUAACUCUGGUAACUGAUAUCUAUUCAAAUAUUUAAAAUAGUAGCUAGGCAAUUGUUGAGAGAUCGAGCAAUUUUUUAAUUAUUUAAAAACAAAUAUCAGAUCAGUCUAACAUGAUUAACAACUUCGCCCAAUUCUUAAUGAUUAAUGAAUUUUGCAAUUUCUUUCUUUGGAUUAUGUGCAUCAUAUAUUAAUAAAGUUGAAAUAUAAAAACGUAGAAGUGAGCAAAUGGGUGUGGCAAACAUAAUCUGCACAGUGGCUGUCAAAGAACAGAAAGUUAUUGAACUUUUGUUAACAAUAGCAAGAUGUCAAGUAGGAAAACAUUAAAUAAAGGGGCUGCAAAUAAAUUAAAAAUAUUUUAGUAUGAAAGAGGAUAUUAACUUUUUGUUAAAAAAAAUAAAUUUCUCCUAAUAGCCACUGUUCCUGAUUUCAUCGAAGUUACCAGGAUGGAUAAAGAAGAUGAUGAUGAAAAUGAAGACUGUGGUUUGGGAAGGGAGAGGGAACUGAGUGAAAGUCCACAGCAAUCUCCCACCGUAAUGAGGCAUUCUGAUAUGUCAAGGGAUACUGAUGACCCAGAUGAUUCUCAGCUAAUGAUCAAUGUGUCUACACUAUCUGCACCCGAAGUGUCAUUAGUUCCUUCCCCUGAGGUAUCUAAGGUAAGAGUAAAAAUCGAUUUUUUCCUUUUUAAUAAAAGGAAUAUAGCUGAAAAAACAUGGCUUUGAGAAAAAUGUGUUACAGCAUUUUAAUAUUUAAUGGUAGAAGAAGUACAUUUGCUUUUAAAAUUUGAAUGACUGUUAAAUUAGUAAAUAAUUAAUGGAAAAUUAUAAGAAUUGCAAUCAAACUAGAAAAAUUUUUUUUAAAAGGCAUGAGGUUUCAAAAACUUUCAUGUGAAAGAAAUGUCGGAAUUCUUUUUAAUCAAGUGAAGAAAGUAUAUACAAAGGUAGGGCUCUCAGAAUAGCAUCGGUCAGUGGAAUAAAUUGGGACACAAGAAUGUAGACAAAUACAUUGUGAUGGGUUCCACGCAUGUACUUCAUGUAGAAUUUUGGGAGACACCCUGUGUAUUUUAUUUCCAGUAUAUACUAAGAGUGACACAUGGGUGUCAUAUUAGGAUAUGUCUCUACCAUUAGUGUGGUGCCAAGGAUUAAAAAUAAGUUUCUAUAUAGUAUUUGAAAGAUUUGAGCUAUCUUUAUGUGGGGUGGAUAUGUAAAUAUUUACAAUGAAAAUCUCUUUUUCUAUUUCCAGCGGCCCAAAUCUUUAGAAGACAAUUUAAAUGAAGUAAGAUCUCAUUACCAAAGUCGGUGCCUGAGUAGAUUCAACUCUGUUAAACGCAAGCAGCUGGAGAGGCUUCGACAAAGGUCAGAUUGGUUCCUUAGUCCAACAGUAAGAGAACGCAACAAUAGUCGUAAGGGCAAAGGUGAAGGCAGUCUCAGCUUGUUUGCCAGUAACAUGAGCAGCAGCGGCAAUCAACAUCGUGGUAACGGUAACAACAGUGGAAAAAAUAAUAGCAACAAUAACAACCACCCUAAUGGCAGCAGUAAAGUCCUGCAACAAAAAAACUCAGGGAACUCUGUGGUAACUAAAGCAUCAUCAGAAGGGGCCGUCUUGGAAGCGUUUUCUGAUGGUGACAGUGUUUUUACAGACAAUACCAGUCGUAGUGAAUCCCCAGCUUCAGAACCUGUGUGGUCUCAUAUACUUAAAGUCCAUUCUCGUGAUAUCAUUCAUAGUGACACUAUUGCUGAGCUUGCCCCCCCUGAGAUGAGCUUGUACGGAGGAAGCUCAGGUGCAGAUUUAAGUUUAGAUUCUCAUGAUAAUUUCAGUGGACAUCACGUAGGAUUAUCACCUACUUCAGUAAGAAGUCGGUUUGAAGAUGGAGAGAGGGAGCGGGGUUAUGAGGAGGAAGAUGAUGAUGAGGAUAACACAACUCCAACAGGGAUUCAAGAAGAAGAAGACACAACACUCAUGACAUCAUCGCUACCAGACCUUCAGCAGCAUGGUGUCUCAGAAGAAAGUGAAUUCCACAACAGAGACCUAGAAAAAGAAUUGCCUGUUGAGUCAAAUGAAGGUGUUGGUGAUGCCGUGAUGAAAAGCAGCAGUUAUGGAGGUAGCUUCAAAACCACUGGUGCUGAAGUUAUGAAGGUGCAGGCAGACGAGAAAGAAGAUUUUACAAAUGGGCAGCAAACUUCUUCAGAUAUGUCACAGAGAGAAGAAGAGAAAUCUAUUGAGGCAAAACUUGGUGGCGAGCAAAUUCGGACAUCAGAAAGCUUGGAAGAAGAUGAUUCUGAACUGGUGCAGUGUUUUUUAGUUGAGCAUACUUAUGGGGACAAAACCACAGAUUCCUAGCAGUAAUCUAUUUGCAAAGUCAAUUCAGAGCUUGAAGUGAUUUCUUAAUUUUUGUUUAGCCUGCUUGUAUAAUUUUUACAAAUGACUUUAGAAAACAUUGGUUGCUAAAAAAGAUAUGCUGUAACUAAAAUCUUGCUUAUUUUUUAAAAUAGAUAAUAAAGUAUUCAUUAAUUUUUAAUGGGACUUUUUAUAAAGGUAUAUUACAUAAUUUCCA